UUGAGAAACCGGGGGAAGUAAAAGCCACUCCCUUUUGAGAGAUCGCAGAGGGAGGGCUAGAAGCCCGCUUGAUCCAUCUCCUUCCCAUCCGAAGUUCCGCUCCCAGAAAUCGCUCAUCCUGUUCCAAUCCGUUCUCAAGAUUCCUCGGAGAUGAGGCACGCCAAGGAGGAAUCCUCGCGAACUGCUGAUCAGUGGUGAUACGUCUUGGACAUUCCUUGCAAUGUUUUUCCAUAGAGGCAAUUAACCUGAAUUUAGCGGUUCAAGAGUUGAGUGGACUUGCUUCUAGAGAGCUGAAUAAGCUGCUGAAAGACUCUGAGAAUUUCAGUAUACAGCUGGGCACUGAAAAUGGGCCUCCUAACCAAUUUGACGUGGAAAAACUUGCUUCGUCUCUUCCUUUGCACCUUAUUGCGGUGCUCUUAUCUGGUUCUGACAGUGCGCACUUGACACAUAUGCUUCGUGGUGUUCGCCUUUUGCAUUCAUUUUCUGACCUAGCAUCUCGGCAUUCUAGACUUGAGCAGAUUCUGCUGGAUGAUGUAAGAUUAACUGAACAAAUGCUGGAUCUUGUAUUUUAUACCUUAAUCGUUCUAGGAAGUUAUGAUCAGGUCAAGCAUCUUGGUUCAUCAUCUCUACCUCUUUUGCAUUCGGCUCUUGUUGCUUGCACCCUUCAUCUUUUAACAGGAUAUAUUUCAACACAAUGGCAGGAUCUUGUGCAUAUUUUGCUUGCACAUCCCAAGGUUGAUAUAUUCAUGGAUGUAGCUUUUGAUGCUGUGCAUGUUGACAUUAUGCUCUUACAUAUAAUGUUUUCGAUGUUGAACAAUGAUAUCUUAUGCAACAAAAGCAGUCUUCAUGCUUCUGAAGGAAUAAUUCACUAUUUCUGCCAACAAUGUGAGGCUUCUUUGCAGUUUCUGCUGUCCUUAUGCCAACAGAAAUUAUUCAGGGAUCGUCUCCUUAAAAAUAAGGAACUAUGCAAAACUGGGGGCAUUUUUUCUUUGGCUCGUACUAUCCUGAAAUUAAAUGCCCCAGAUUGCUUUAAGGACUCCAACAGCAUUCUGGCUGCUGUAUCCAGACUGAAAGCAAGAAUUCUAUCUAUUUUGCUGCAGCUCUGUGAGGCAGAAAGCAUAUCUUACCUGGAUGAAGUUGCUAGUUCUGCUAAAAGUAUGUCGUUGGCAAAAUCUGUUGCCCUGGAGAUUCUUGAUUUACUGAAAUCUGCAUUCAGAAAAAAUGCCAAUCAACUGGGUAGUUCUCUAGACAAAAGUAAUCCAAGGGGCCUGGUGCUUCUUAACUCAAUGCGUUUGGCUGAUAUAUUCUCAGAUGAUUCAAAUUUCCGAUCCUUUUUUAUGAUUAAUAUUGUGCAAGUUCUAGUUGGGAUAUUGGCCAUUCCCCAUGAAGACUUUCUAUCCAGUUGGUGCUCAGUAAAUGUUCCUAUGAUAGAGGAAGAUGCCAGUGUUGACUAUGAACCAUUUACAGCAGCUGGUGUGGCAUUGGCUUCUUUAGCUGACGGCACUGGGAGUGCUCUGCCGACCCCUGCUAUUCUCAAUGAAACAAAUAGCUCAUGUGCUAACAAUUUCCAUGGUGUGCCCACUGUGUCCUAUGUACAGCAGAGAACAUCGUACUUAGUGAAAAUCAUAGCCAAUCUACACUGUUUUGUUCCUAAUAUUUGUGAAGAAGAAGAGAGGGACCUAUUUCUCAACAAAUUUUAUGAGUGUUUGCUCAAGGAGAAUGACUCAUUUUCCCUCUAUCCUUCUGCUUCUGAUUCAUGGAAAGCCUCUGUUAUCUGCAAAAACCUAGGUUCCUUGUCGAAUUAUGCUGGAUCUUUGAUUCCAAACAUGCUCAAUGCAGAUGAUGUUUCACUUUUGAGUUUAUUCUCUAAAAAACUACAAGCAUUAUUUCCUCAAAUUGAGGGAUCUUUGAUCCAGGAACCUUGUGUGAAAGAAGAAAGUACAGCUGAGAGCAAGCUUGAAGACUCUUACCCUGUGCAGGACACUUUGGGAAAUUGGGGCACGAACGUAAAAAAUCCACAGGACUCCCAAGGUGAUAGGACAGAUGCACCACCGGGAUCUGGGGGUCUAGAUACAGGUGGUCUGGAAGAGACUCAACAUGCGAAGAAUGAUAUCAACAUGAAAGUCGGAAAUCACCAAAAUUUAUCGUGCCAAGAGGCAGACCAGGUCACUGUCACAAGCAAGCCUAGAGAACUACCUGAAAAUGAUGAGAGUGAUAAGAAGAAGAUGAAGAGCACAGUUCCAGCCACAUGGAAUACAUCUAGAUCUUUGAGAGGGACUGAAAAGGAGACACAGAACCCUGAAACAAAUGAUAUGGAAGUUGAAUUUACCAAAGGUGAUCCUGAUCGGGCAUCUGAUAGUGGUGAAGUCUUUAAGACUGCAGACUCUGCAAAGGAAGGUAAUUGUCAAGAUGAUGAGAAGGUAGAAAGUACCCACGGUGAAGAAAAGCAACCGAAGAAACGGAAACGGAAUAUCAUGAAUGACUCGCAAAUUAUGUUAAUUGAGAAAGCCCUUUUGGAUGAGCCUGAAAUGCAGCGAAAUGCAGCUCUGUUGCAAACGUGGGCAGAUAAGCUAAGUGCUCAUGGCUCUGAAGUGACAUCAUCUCAGCUAAAGAACUGGCUGAACAACAGAAAAGCAAAGCUUGCCCGUGCUGCUCGUGAAACUCGUGGCACAUUGGAGGGAGAAAGUGCCUCCUAUCAAGAGAAGCCUAGUGGGUCUGGUGUCUCUCACUUUGAUGAUUCUCCUGAGAGUCCGGUGGAGGAGAUAUACCACAUGCCUACAAGAGGGAGCAGUAGGAGAUCUGGAAAUGCAAUGGCAGGCAAUGUUCAAGAAAAUGAGAAGGCCUCUCGAGGAGAAUUCUUAAGUUUCACACAACAUUGCAGCCCGAUGAACUACCCUUGCGUACGACCCUCAUCAUUUAUGCCUGGUCAGCUGGUUGCCUUAUCAGAUAGAGAGGGGAAGGAAAUUGGAAAAGGAAAGGUGUUCCAGGUCGAAGGUCGGUGGUUAGGAAGAAGCUUGGAAGACACAGGUUUAUGCAUUGUAGACAUCACAGAGCUCAAGAUUGAGAAGUGGAAAGAGGUUCAACACCCUUCAGAAGCUGGCGGAAUGACAUUCGAGAAAGCUGCCGCCAGGAACGGUGGUGUUAUGCGUGUUGCUUGGGAUGCAAUAAGGAUCUCCUUAUUGCCUCCAUGAAUCAUAUACUCACAGCAGCAUAGUUUUGUUGUAUUACUGAAACCAUGCUUUUAGGAAAAGCUUAGUUGUUACCCAAAUAACUCUUAUUGAUCAUAGUCUCUCAUUGACUUCAGUCCUUAUGAUAAUCCAUGGUUCAUAUUCAUCGAUAA